AUGGAGGAGCUUCCCCAGAGGGACUCACUGAGGCUACUUUGCUGCCUCUACAGGGAGCCUGGAAUCCCCGGGAUGGCCUGUGAGAGGGACAGACUCCCAGGCCAGCCCAAGUCAGCCAGCCUGGAGGAACACCCUGGUGUGUGCCGGGCACGGCUGAGCCACAAAGGAGGGGAGAAACCAUUGACCGUCCUCCAGGCCCCCAGUUUGACCCAGGAGACCCCUCAGCAGCCAUGUCCAAACCAGCUCUGUGCUGGCAGGAUGGAGGGAGGCACUAGUAUCCCCACUGGCCUUCUGCUGCUGAACCCCCUGACCCAGAGAGAGUCCGAGGCGUUUGGGGGGAGCCCAGGAAGGGCCUCACACAGAAAUGGGGGCUUUUUCUCAGGAGAGGAGCUUCGAGUGUUCUUGAGCAGAGCCGUUUGUACCAGAGCCAGCAGUGGGAAGGAGCUGUACAAGGAGGUGAUGGUGGAGAAUGCCCGAAACCUGCUCUCUGUGGGGCUUCCAGCUCCCCCAGAAGAUGUGAUCUCUUAUUUGGAGCAGAGGGAAGCCCCAUGGAUGCUGGAGCAAGAAGGCCUGAGGAGCUGCUGCCCAGGAGAGAUCAGACCUGGAAUGAAGGAGAAUCCAACAGAGCCUUAUGAAUGCAAAAAGUGUGGAAAGACAUUCAAUCAGAGCUCCCAUCUUGUUGUACAUCAGAGAAUCCACACUGGCGAGAAACCUUAUGAAUGCAAUCACUGUGGAAAGACAUUCAGUCGGAGCUCCCAUCUUGCUGUACAUCAGAGAGUCCACACUGGUGAAAAACCUUAUGAAUGCAAUCACUGUGGAAAGACAUUCAGUCGGAGCUCCCAUCUUGCUGUACAUCAGAGAAUCCACACUGGUGAGAAACCUUAUGAAUGCAAUCACUGUGGAAAGCCAUUCAGUUGGAGCUCCAAACUUAUUGUACAUCAGAGAAUCCACACAGGGGAGAAACCUUAUGAAUGCAAGCAAUGUGGAAAGACAUUCACAAAUAACUCCAGUCUUGCUAUACAUCAGAGAAUCCACACUGGGGAGAAACCUUAUGAAUGCAAACAGUGUGGAAAGACAUUCAGUCAGAGCUCCUCUCUUGCUAUACAUCAGAGAACCCACACUGGCGAGAAACCAUACAAGUGCAAUCAGUGUGGAAAGACAUUCACAAAUAACUCCGGUCUUGCUGUACAUCAGAGAGUCCACACUGGGGAGAAACCUUAUGAAUGCAAGCAAUGUGGAAAGACUUUCAGUCGUAGCUCCCAUCUAGUUCAUCAUCAGAGAAUCCACACUGGUGAGAAACCUUAUGAAUGCAAACAGUGUGGAAAGACUUUCAGACAGUGCUCCAGUCUUUCUGUACAUCAGAGAAUCCAUACUGGCAAGAAACCUUAUGAAUGCAAGCAAUGUAGAAAGACUUUCAGACAGAACUCUGAACUUGCUAUACAUCAGAGAGUCCACACUGGGGAGAAACCUUAUGAAUGCAAGCAAUGUGGAAAGACAUUCUGUCAGAGCUCCGAUCUUACUCAUCAUCAGAGAAUCCACACUGGGGAGAAACCUUAUGAAUGCAAACAGUGUGGAAAAACUUUCAGACAGAGCUCCAGUCUUGCUGUACAUCAAAGAACCCACACUGGUGAGAAACCUUAUCAAUGUAAUCAGUGUGGAAAGACAUUCACAAAUAACUCUGGUCUUGCUGUACAUCAGAGAAUCCACACUGGGGAGAAACCUUAUGAAUGCAAACAAUGUGGAAAGAUAUUCAGCCAGAGCUCCCAUCUUACUGUACAUCAGAGAAUCCACACUGGUGAGAAACCUUAUGAAUGCAAACAAUGUGGGAAGACUUUCAGGCAGAGCUUCGAUCUUGCUGUACAUCAGAGAGUCCACACUGGAGAGAAACCUUAUGAAUGCAAGCAAUGUGGAAAGACAUUUAGUCAGAGCUCCCAUCUUACUCAUCAUCAGAGAAUUCACACUGGUGAGAAACCUUAUGAAUGCAAGCAGUGUGGAAAGACAUUUAGUCAGAGCUCCCAUCUUGCUCAUCAUCAAGGAACACACACUGGGGAGAAACCUUAA